AAUGACGACUGAGAAAAUCGUGUAUAAAAGAGGUUUCCGAGGCUGGAUUUCCCUAGUCCUGCCGUGCGCUUCACUCUGGACACACGCUUACAAAGGGCCUUCCGUGAAUUGUUUCGAAUUAAGAGGCACGAUGACGUCAUCCACAUCCAGAGCUAGCGUGUUUCCCCUUGUCUGUUUCCUGCUGAUCGCCUCUGCCUCUGCUCGUCCUCAGCUCGGAGACAUCUUGGGCUCGCUUGUUACAACUUUCGUGGAGAAUGCAGUCAAGACCACAGAAACCACGAUUCUUGAUAACUAUUGCUUGUUGAGUCGCAGUCCUUAUCUGAAGAAGCUGGAAGUUCAUUACAGAGCUGAACUGAAGUGCCCCGGGUGGACUACCAUUGUCGGGAAAGGUAGAGACCACACGAACCCUACCAACUCGGAACUGGAUGCCAUCAAGGAUUUCAUAAGACAGGCUCUUGAAAAGGGUCUCGUGACUGAUGAGGAAGCUGCACAGUAUCUCUAAGACCGUAUUUUUUUUUUCUUUCUUCUGAAGACCAAUAGCGAUUAGAAAGGCUGUUGGUUUCCCUCUGUUUGUAAGGGACACCGAACUUAAAUUAGAAUAAAGGCGUUUUCCUUCACGUAUAUGUCUGAGAUCGUUAAGGAAAAUAAGAUGUUCAUUUUAUGCAUGUGAUAAUUGCUAUUGGAUCGAUUUAUUUGCAAAUCGAUGAUUAUUUUUAAAGAGUUGCAUGUCGGAAUCAACUAGUCUAUAUGAAAAGGUUUGAUUACGUUUUGAAAGGAAAAAUUAUGGUGCAUUUAUCGAACGUGCGAAUCUUUUUGUCUAUUUAAUCCCAAACUGACCCAAAUUGUAUAAUGAUAAAAUAAAAAUAAUACAAACUU